UAAAAGACGUAUGAGUGGCACCAGACAAGACAGAGACCUCAACAAUCAACUGGGAACAUCUUCAACAAGAACUUAAGAGACAGAAAUGACUGGAGCUGCUGUGUCCGUGUGCCUGCUUUUCCUUUUGUCUGUAUGUUCUGCGUGUUACAUUUCUAACUGCCCUAUUGGUGGAAAGAGGUCCAUCAUGGAUGCACCACUUCGUAAAUGCAUGUCCUGUGGUCCUGGAGAUAGGGGACGCUGCUUCGGCCCCAGCAUCUGCUGCGGGGAGGGUCUUGGCUGCCUUUUGGGUUCCCCAGAGACAGCUCACUGUGUGGAAGAGAACUACCUGCUGACCCCCUGCCAGGCAGGAGGGAGACCCUGUGGAUCUGAGGGAGGACGCUGUGCUGCUUCAGGACUCUGCUGUGAUGCAGAAAGCUGCACCACAGACCAAUCUUGCCUCAUCGAGGAGGAUGGAGAUGACCAAACCAGCCAGUAUGAAGGCAGCGACCCCGGUGACAUCAUCCUCAGGCUCCUCCAUCUGGUCGGCCACACAUCUCACCGAAUCCACCAAUGA